UCGUUCGGUCUCCCCCUUCCCCCGGUAACGGUCGCUGGUGAGUUUAAAUGAGCCGGGGCUGGCGGGGCCGGAGCCGCUACGGGGGAGUGCCUGAGGCACUGCAGAAAGUGGGCCUGACCCUGAAGGAUGACGGUGCUGCAGGAACCCGUCCAGGCUGCUAUAUGGCAAGCACUAAACCACUAUGCUUACCGAGAUGCAGUUUUCCUCGCUGAACGACUAUAUGCAGAAGUACACUCAGAAGAAGCGUUGUUUUUAUUGGCAACCUGUUAUUACCGCUCAGGAAAGGCAUACAAAGCGUAUAGACUCUUGAAAGGUCACAGUUGUACUACACCACAAUGUAAAUACCUGCUUGCAAAAUGUUGUGUUGAUCUCAGCAAGCUUGCAGAAGGGGAACAGAUCUUAUCUGGUGGAGUGUUUAAUAAGCAGAAAAGCCAUGAUGAUAUUGUUACUGAGUUUGGUGAUUCAGCCUGUUUUACUCUUUCAUUGUUGGGACAUGUAUAUUGCAAGACAGACCGGCUUGCCAAAGGAUCAGAAUGUUACCAAAAGAGCCUUAGUUUAAAUCCUUUCCUCUGGUCUCCCUUUGAAUCAUUAUGUGAAAUAGGUGAAAAGCCAGAUCCUGACCAAACAUUUAAAUUAACAUCUAUACAGAACUUUAGCAACUGUCUGCCCAACUCUUGUACAACACUAGUAUCUAAUCAUAGUUUAUCUCAUAGACAGCCUGAGACUGUUCUUACAGAAACACCCCAGGACACAAUUGAAUUAAACAGACUGAAUUUAGAAUCUUCCAAUUCAAAAUAUUCCUUGAAUACAGAUUCCUCAGUGUCUUAUAUUGAUUCAGCUGUAAUUUCACCAGAUACUGUCCCUCUUGGAACAGGAACUUCUAUAUUAUCUAAACAGGUUCAGAAUAAACCAAAAACUGGUCGAAGUUUAUUAGGGGGACCAGCUGCCCUUAGCCCAUUAACCCCAAGUUUUGGGAUUUUGCCAUUAGAAACCUCAAGUCCUGGAGAUGGAUCCUAUUUACAAAACUACACUAAUACACCGUCUGUAAUUGACGUGCCAUCUACCGGAGCCCCUACAAAAAAGUCUGUUGCCAGAAUCGGCCAAACUGGGACAAAGUCUGUCUUCUCACAAAGUGGAAAUAGUCGUGAGGUCACUCCAAUUCUUGUUGCACAAACGCAAAGUUCUGGUCCACAAACAAGUACAACACCUCAGGUAUUGAGUCCCACUAUCACAUCGCCCCCAAAUGCACUGCCUCGAAGAAGUUCCCGACUUUUUACCAGUGACAGUUCUACAACUAAGGAAAAUAGCAAAAAAUUAAAAAUGAAGUUUCCACCUAAAAUCCCAAAUAGAAAAACAAAAAGUAAAACUAACAAAGGAGGAAUAACUCAACCUAACAUAAAUGAUAGCCUGGAAAUUACAAAAUUGGACUCUUCCAUCAUUUCAGAAGGGAAAAUAUCCACAAUCACGCCUCAGAUCCAGGCUUUUAAUCUACAAAAAGCAGCAGCAGAAGGUUUGAUGAGCCUUCUUCGUGAAAUGGGCAAAGGUUAUUUAGCUUUGUGUUCAUACAACUGCAAAGAAGCUAUAAAUAUUUUGAGCCACCUACCUUCUCACCACUACAACACUGGUUGGGUAUUGUGCCAAAUUGGAAGAGCCUAUUUUGAACUUUCAGAAUAUAUGCAAGCUGAAAGAAUAUUCUCAGAAGUUAGAAGAAUUGAGAAUUACAGAGUUGAAGGCAUGGAGAUCUACUCUACAACACUUUGGCAUCUUCAAAAAGAUGUUGCUCUAUCAGUUCUUUCAAAAGACUUAACAGACAUGGAUAAAAAUUCACCAGAGGCCUGGUGUGCUGCAGGGAAUUGUUUCAGUCUGCAACGGGAACAUGAUAUUGCAAUUAAAUUCUUCCAGAGAGCUAUCCAGGUUGAUCCAAAUUAUGCUUAUGCCUAUACUCUAUUAGGGCAUGAGUUUGUGUUAACUGAAGAACUAGACAAAGCAUUAGCUUGUUUUCGAAAUGCUAUCAGAGUAAAUCCUAGACAUUAUAAUGCAUGGUAUGGUUUAGGAAUGAUUUAUUACAAGCAAGAAAAAUUCAGCCUUGCAGAAAUGCAUUUUCAGAAAGCACUUGAUAUCAAUCCUCAAAGUUCAGUUUUACUUUGCCACAUUGGAGUAGUUCAACACGCACUGAAAAAAUCUGAGAAGGCUUUGGAUACCCUAAACAAAGCCAUUGUUAUUGAUCCCAAGAACCCUCUAUGCAAAUUUCACAGAGCCUCAGUUUUAUUUGCAAAUGAAAAAUAUAAGUCUGCUUUACAAGAACUUGAAGAAUUGAAACAGAUUGUUCCCAAAGAAUCUCUUGUUUACUUCUUAAUAGGAAAGGUUUACAAGAAGUUAGGUCAAACGCACCUCGCCCUGAUGAAUUUCUCUUGGGCUAUGGAUUUAGACCCUAAAGGAGCCAAUAACCAGAUUAAGGAGGCAAUCGAUAAGCGCUAUCUUCCAGAUGAUGAGGAACCUAUAACCCAAGAAGAACAGAUCAUGGGAACAGAUGAAUCCCAGGAGAGCAGCAUGACAGAUGCAGACGACACACAACUUCAUGCAGCUGAAAGUGAUGAAUUUUGACUUCUGGAAAUCAGACUUUGACGACUGGACAUGUAACCAGUGCUGAUGUGUCCUUGUCCCUCCGUACGCUGAGUCUUCACUCUUGAGCCGGCAGUAUCACCAUUUGUCACACCAUGAGUGUGCCACUUUCAUGGGACCCCGACUGUACAGAGAAUGAAAGGCAGUGCAAUAUUUAGCUGCUAACAAGACUGGCUCUUUUACCAGUAUGAAUGACAGUUUAGGGGGGUAGGGUGGGAACUUGCUUUUUUCUUUAAUCUCUUUUAGUUGCAAAGCUAUCAUGAGAGGAAGAGUUAUGUUUUAUCUUGAAGGAACCUUUAGAUAUGGAAAAUACUGAUGAACCAGCUUGGUCAUUUUUCCAGAAAAUUGUUUUUAUUUGGUUCUGUUCUUGAUAAACAGAGUGACCUACCUUCAUGUGUAGGUUCUUCAAGAAUGGUGUUAGCAAGUGCCAGAUGGAACAAUAAAAGACAUUGCCUAUAACAGAAUAACUUGAUUGCCAAGGAAUGUAAAUUACCUUAAACUCAGAGUGUCUCCUGUGAACAAAUAUAAUGGGCAUAGUCUGAUCAUAUGUAGGAAUCAGAUCUCCUUCCAUACAGUGUACAUUUACUCUUGGCAAGAAUGCUUUAAUAUCUUACCAAGAAUUUUAACUUUUUCAUCUUGCUGCAAAGUGUUGAUCACUGUUGUCUUGGUAUUACAGUUUCAAAUUGGUCCCUACCAUAUUGUCUAUUCUCUCUGAAUUCUGUGGGAUCACCUUUAACAUUCAGAGAUUAUAGAGUGACUCCCCACUGAAAAGCCAAAAUAACGCCCUUAAUAACCACUUAGAGUCACCAUCAGUAUGGUAGCAUUACAGAGAGACUUUAAGAGAUCAUGAUAGCGGAAGCCUUAAUACAAUCAAAAUUGUACCAUCACCUCAAAUCUACAUUUGUUCACGACAGUAUCCCUUUUGACUUCUGAAUGUUUAAACAGAGUGCAAGGUGUGCUUACCUUUGUUGAGGUUAUUUCCAUUCUUUUCACCUCUGUGCUUCUGGUUACUUUGAAUAAUCCGAGUCAUCAGAACUUUUAAUGAGAGUAAUUGAGUGUAGGAUAUUAGAGAUUUUUAGCUUGGGGGAGAAAAAUUCAUUUGAAGGAGACAGGUUCUCUCUUGAGAUCAUUAUAAUAUAGGUUGAUGUCUUUGGGAAAUGGCCACAAUUUUAAAGAUCUAAUUAUGCAUAUAAAAUGGGAAUUAUUGAAAUGUCACAAUAACAGAUUUAAACAGUCUUAAAUUGUGUAUCUCCUUUACUGUAAUGUAUUUAAAAUUUUAGAGAAACUUUAGUUGCUAACAUUUUAUUAAGUGCCAAUAUCAAUAUAAUGAAUUAUACUUUCUUAUGAAUGACAGGCCUACAGUUAUUAUUUUGGAUUAUUUGAUGAAGGACAAACUUACCUACUGGUUACCUGUACUUGUUAGUCAAGCUGUGAAAAUAUGGUGGAUUACAAAAGAUGUGAAAAAAAAUUUAGCCUUAGACUCAAUAUUUUUCUGUCAUUUACUGUUAAUCUCACCAAACAUGGACUAGAUACCAUUAUAAAUCAAUUCAAGUCAGUCUUUGAUUAGGUAUUAGGUACCAGAGAGACAUUUAACAAAAUUUCCUAAAUCUAUGUUUAUGUGCUGUCUAAAAAGUAAUAAUAAUUUAUAAAGAAAAGGAAAAGCUGGGAAUAAGUUUAUACCAUUAAAAAUUCCCAAAGGCUAGCACUUGGAUUCUAACAAAUAUUCCAUUUUAUUAUCCAUUAGUUCUGUAAUGUUUAAUUUUUUUAUUCUUUUAUUUUUUUAAUUAACAAAUCAUAAGCCAGCUAUAUAACACUUACCAGAUCCAGAAUUUCAUAAAAAGUUUCAACCUGAGUUCUGUAUUAUAAAACCUGGAGAAAGCUAACCUAAGAAUGUAAUUUGCUGAUGUAUAGUUAUCUUUUUGUAGUAGAAAUUUAUGUCCUGUGCCAGUGAGACUUUCUGGUACUGAUUCUGAGACCAAGGAUAAAAAGAUGGCACAGCAUGGCAAGGGCCGGCUGAAGGACUCUCGGCCCACACUUGGCCUGAUUUAUUUUUCCCUUGUAACUACAUUUGAAAUAAUUUACUUAUUGUAAGCUUUAUUUCUCACCUAGUAAUUUCUUGCUUUUUUUUUUCUUUUCUUUUUCCCCCCUUUUUCUUCUCUCUCUCUCUUUUUUUUUU